AUGAAUAAAUUAAAAUCUGUUGAACUUAUUUCAGAUCCUAUCACGUUUAAAGAUCAAGAUCAACGAGUCUAUAACCAUGUUGACUUGCCCGUGGUAACAGAUCAGAGAUCGAUCAGUUAUUUCUUGGCUAUAGUAGACAUUGAGAUACUUAAGUAUGAAUUAGGAAUCGCGAUUAAUGCUGUAUUAUCGAUUUUUUCAUUUGAUAUUUCAAGCGAACCUAAACUCUAUGUAAGUGACUUACAAUUUAGUAUCACUGAAAAUGAACUUCGUGACUUAUUUGAGGACAUUCAACCCACAAGCGUCCAAAUCAAUCGAUUGCCAGGGAAUGCUCCACAUACUGCUGUGAUUACUUUUGCUACAAUAGACCAUGGGGAAUUUGCAAGAGGAAAACCAAAAUUUUACCAAGAGUUGGUUAAAAAGUGCAUUGAUUCAAAUCCGAUAAACAGAUCAACUGCAACAGAUGCAGGACAAGUUAUAGAAUUUUGGAAAUGGAAAUCAUUGGAUGGAGAUUUGCCGAAUCAAAUAUAG